AUGUUUGAGGAAGAAAAAUGUACAACAAAAACGAGAAAUGCUAUUAAUACACACAAUCUCUUAAUUCUGGAAAAAGACAUAACAUCAAACCUUACACAUCAAUCUUCAGAAAACAUGGAAAAUCUUUGGGAUCAGUUACAUAAAACACUAACUGAAUAUGAAAGGGUCACUAAAAAUAAAAGGAAACAAUAUGAGUAUUUGAAGGAGCAAGAUAAUAUUUAUCAACUUUGUAUACUACAGUAUCCAAAGACACAUAUACUACUGCAAAAUGUUAUUGAAAGUUUAAAACAUAACAUACAAGUGUUAACAUUAAAAAGAAAGGAGCAAGUAGCGAACCUUAAAAUAACAGAUGCAGUUGCAAAAAUGAAAAUAAAAAAUAUCAAGCAAUACUUUGCUAUGACUCAAGCGAUAGAUUUUUUACAAUUAAAAAAAUUGACUGUUGCUAGUAAUGAUGUAUUAAAGAGCUUGCAAAAAAGCAUGAAGAAGAGUUCUACAAUCCUUGAAAUAAUUACAGUUUGCUCUAAUUUGGAACCACAUUUCGUGUACUUCAAAAAUUAUUUUAUGGAAAAUGAGAUACGUAAUUUACAUAGUAAAACUGAUCAAUUUUGGAAGCAGUAUAAUUACAUUGCAGCGGAUAACAUUUUACUUAGAAAAGGAUGUAACAUGCUUAGUUUAGAAAACAAAAGAUUAAGUUGCAAGUUACAAACACAUGUUGUAGCAAUUUGUGGAAUACCGGCAAUGCAUUCGAUCGUUUCAACUUCUACUUAAACAACUCUUACAUUGAAAUUACUUUUUCAAAUUAACGAUGAAUGAAAAUUCCACCGCCUAAUUCUAAGUAUUUGUA